GUAGUGGGGGAAGGGAAGGGGUCGCUGAAGUUGACGGAACCGCCAUCUUGAAAAGUGCCCUCCGAUGAUAUACAUUUUCGCGCCUGUCAGAAUCAGUUUUAAACGCUUUAUUUUCCUCGCCGGAAUUUCGUGCUGUAUCUGUAUUGGGUUUGUUAAGGCUUGGGGCUAAUGGCAAGAUAAGCUACAUGCUGGAGACUCGUCGUUUGCCGUUGUCUGUCGGUGUGUGCUGUUGAACUGCUGUAUGUGUGCUGUUUGUCAGUCUGUCCAUCACCGCUGUCUGCCUGCCUGUCUGUCCGUCCGGCUAGCCUGGAAUGGGCCACAACUCCCAAAGACUAGAACACACCUCUUUCUAACCUGAGCUCCGCCAUCUGGACUCCAACAAACUCAGAUUUCCAAGUCUGGCAGCAACAGGUCCCAUUCUACAGAAAAAGUUUUCCCCUUAACUCUUCAGGAGAGCAGUGACUGCAGGAACACCAGCAGUUUCCCUGAGAGCCAACAUGUUUUGGAAAUUUGACCUCCACACCACGUCCCACAUUGACACGCUGCUAGAGAAGGAGGAUGUGACGCUGACAGAGGUCAUGGAUGAGGACGACGUCCUGCAGGAGUGCAAGGCCCAGAACCACAAACUGGUUGACUUCCUGCUGAGACCACAGUGCAUGGAGGACCUGGUCACCUUCAUCACACAGGAACCCUGUACUGAUGUUGAGGAGAAGGUUAAAUACAAGUAUCCCAACAUAUCCUGUGAGCUGCUUACAUCAGAUGUGGGCCAGAUCAAUGACAGACUGGGAGAAGAUGAAAAACUGCUGAUGAAACUGUAUGGCUUCCUCCAGAAUGAGCCGCCUCUCAACCCACUUCUGGCCAGCUUCUUCUCCAAAGUCCUGUCCAUUCUCAUAGGACGCAAGCCUGAACAGAUAGUGGAUUUUCUGCGGAAGCGCGAGGACUUUGUAGACUUGAUGAUCAAACACAUUGGGACAUCUGCCAUCAUGGACCUGCUGCUCAGAAUGCUCACCUGCAUUGAACCACAACAGCUACGACAGGAUGUUCUAAACUGGCUGAACGAAGAGAAGGUGAUUCAGAGACUGGUGGACAUGGUACAACCUUCUCAAGAUGAGGAUAGACACUCCAAUGCCUCCCAGUCGCUGUGUGAGAUCAUCAGACUGAGCAGAGACCAGAUGUUCCAGGUCCAGGGCUGCUCAGAGCCCGACCCACUACUGUCCACACUUGAAAAGCAGGAGACGGUGGAGCAGCUGCUCUCUAAUAUCUUCGACAAGGAGAAGAAUGAUUCUGCAAUUGUCAGUGUUAUCCAGAUCCUUCUCACAUUGUUUGAGACAAGGAGACCAGCGUUUGAGGGUCAUAUGGAGUGCCCCCCUGGGAUGUCCCACCCUUCAUUCUCAGUCAACCACAGCAUCCUGGAGGCUGUGAGACCCCGACUCAAAGACUUUCACCAGCUGCUACUGGAACCCCCAAAGAAGAAUGUGAUGAAGACGACGUGGGGGGUGCUGGACCCUCCUGUGGGCAACACCAGGCUCAAUGUGGUCAGACUGGUGGCCAGUCUGUUGCAGAGCAACACACACAGCAUCAACACAGAGCUCAUUAACCUCAACACACUGGGAGUCAUACUAGAUAUGUAUUUCAAAUACAUCUGGAACAACUUCCUCCACAUUCAGGUGGAGAUCUGCACAGCCAUGAUUCUGGCUAUGCCCCCUGCCCCCACUGACAUCCAGCCAGACACAGAGCAGGAACAUGCAAGAGAGAGCAUCCUCAUCAAACAUCUGUUUCAAAAGUGCCAGUUUAUACAGAGAAUCGUAGAAGCCUGGAGCUCCAAUGAGAAAGAACAGGCGGAAGGUGGUCGGCGACGAGGUUACAUGGGUCACCUCACCAGAAUAGCCAACUCUAUAGUUCAUAACUGUGACAAAGGCCCUAACGGACCGCAGAUACAACAGCUCAUCUCUGAGCUCCCAGCGGAGGACAGAGAGAAAUGGGAGGCCUUUAUUUCUGGGCAGCUGGCUGACACAAACAAGAGAAACACUGUCGACCUGGUGAACACACACCACAUCCAUUCUUCAAGCGAUGAUGAGGUGGACUUUAAAGACAGCGGCUUUCACCAGGACUCCUCUCUACAACAAGCCUUUUCUGAUUAUCAGAUGCAACAAAUGACGUCCAAUUUUAUUGAGCAGUUCGGCUUCAAUGAUGAAGAGUUUGCUGAUCAGGACGAUGUUGUGGAUAUUCCCUUUGAUAGAAUAUCAGACAUCAAUUUUUCACUGAAUACAAAUGAAAGUGCGAAUAUAGCUUUGUUUGAGGCGCGCUGUAAGGAGAAAAUCCAGCAGUUUGAAGAUGCUGGUUCAGAUGAGGAGGAUAUCUGGGACGAAAAAGAUGUCACCUUCGCACCAGAGGCACAGAGGCGCCCCAGGAGUUCAGGCAGUACAGACAGCGAAGAGAGCACAGACUCGGAGGAGGAGGAUGUGAAGAGAGAUCCGUUUGAAGCUCCCAACCCGAACACCGAUGACAGAAUGGAAGUCGACACAGGGCCAGUGUGGACGGCCAACUUCGAUGACAUCCCCAUGGACACAGGUACCUCCACAGCUCCGGCUUCCAGCCCUAGCAACCCUGCUGCCUCCUCUCCUUUGUCCCCCUCCUCCUCCUCCACAGAAGCCCUCACUGAGGCAGCAUGGAGCUCCUCUCCUGCUGCCACCUCCAGCUCCGAAACAGGCUGGGCUGAUUUCUCCAACUUCACCCCCGUCAGUCCCAAAGACCCUCUGAGGUGCAACUCUCCUGUUGCCAUGGAAACCAGCAUAGAGACAGGGGACCCGCUGGGGGUCAAUGCACCCAUGCAGCCUGAAGAAUGUGAUGGCUGGUUGGGAACCAGUGUGGCUUCUCCCUCCUCCACCUCCUCUAAGGAUUGUGGGAGAUCUAAAGUGGAGGAGGAAACGACCUGUAAUGAGCAGCGUAGCAUCACAGAGACAGUCAUCAACGGCUCCAUGAAAGAAACAGUCAGUCUCACUGUUGACGCCAAGACUGAGACCGCCGUCUUCAAAAGUGAUGAAGAGAAGAGUGCUUCUUCAGAGAAAUACUCGGUAGGGGAGAAUCAGGACUCGGAGCGAACAGGCGUCAACAACUCAGCCGCAGCGUGCUGUCCCAAAACAGGCAGUGAGAAGUGUCGGUCCACUGUGGAGCUUCCUAAUGGUCCUCUAGAGGAAAUGUCAGCCAUAGAGGAGGCCAAAUUGGACCAGAGUGCCGUGUCCUCAGAACCAACUGUAAAUGGGCCGGCGUGAGGGUUGCCUAGUGUCAGCCAAUGGCCAGCCUGUUCUGCCAUGCAGGGCCUUCCUCCUGGUCAAUCAGCGGAGGCCACUGCUCAGAGCUGUACCAAUCACACGCCCCCACCAGGACCAGCAAUACUCCCAUCGGCUCAUCACUGACAGUCAGACAGACAGACAGAGAGAGAGACAGGUGUACAGACAGAAGAUGAACUGAAAAGCAAAAUGAGAGACAUACUCAAAUGGAUACAGAAUAAUUUUUUUUCUGCAUUUGUUUAUAUACUAUUGUUCUUAUGAGGUGAUGUGCGACUGAUAUCUUGCCACUCAAAAUUAAAUAGUAAUGUUGCUAUAGUUAAAGAAAUGAUUGUAUGAAUAAAAUAUUUUAUAAAAAGAAAAAUGUAUACAGAAACAUAAGAUGAAUUGCCACAGAAGCAGGAAUAGCAGAUUGGUGACCCAACCAACCACUAAACUGUUGUUAAUGGCUGGAUCUGUUAUCCUGCAUAACAGUCUGACACUUAAUACAACAGUUGCUCUAUUUAAAAGUCUCACCCACCAUUGGUCUGUGUCUCUGAGCAAAGCUGCUCCUAUGAAUUGAAACACAUUUUAAAAACUUCACUCAAAGUUUUAUUUUGCUGCAGGUAUUAUUUGUAAAUGUUUCUCUCUUGUAUUCUUCUGCUUUGAUUAAGAUUUGACAAGCCUUUUGGUAUAAUUUUUUAUUUAUUAUGGAAGCAAGAUGAUGGUUAUGUUUUGUUACUAAAGAGCCAUACCAACAUGUUCUCUCUCCUUCUAGCAGACUGCGUUCAUGCUAACUGGGUUCAUACCUCACAGCUAGAAGGCUAAGCAUGAGAGAUGUCACCACAGCCUAAACUGCGAGCUGUAAAUGUAAUCUGAGCUUGUGUUUUUAGUCCCAGCUCAACUUCGUCAGAACCACAGUCCUCUUCUUCGGCCCCCCAAACUCCUUUUUUUUUUUAAAAAUCCCAAGUGCUUUUUUACAAAAGUGGUCCUCAACUUUGGGGUCUCCCUUUAGAUCAUGUCACACUUAGUAAAUCCCAUCACAGGUUGAGUCGUAUAGACAGUGUGCAGAAUUCAGAUUUUAACUUGCUACAACAUUUUAGGGAAAUUAGUAGGGAAAGGAAAGGGCUCGCUAUCGAUAAACUUCAAGCAGGAACGUGAAAUGAAAUCAAAAAUACAUUUAGAAAAUUAGAAGUAUUGCUGGUAAGUGAAAGCAUCCUUUACUCUGCAAGAUCAGCCAGUGUCCAGCCAAGUAGAGCCAGGUGUAAAAACUGCAUGUCUGAAGACAACUAGUUCAAGUUAUGGAUGUGGAAAGUGGUGAAAAGGUCAGACUAAAUAGCACAGCGUUAAGAAAAUCCAGGGGGCUGUGUUGGUGGGGGCAUGUUGCUACAGGUACCACUGAAAACAUGAAACUAGAUCCAGGAAGUUCAGUUGAAGUGAUUGAUCCAUGAGUUUGAAGGCCUAUCAGAUGCACAGCAGUGUACAAUGCUGUCGUAUAGUGUUAUGAAAAGUAAUUACCAGGAAUGUGAACUGGCACCAACUUGAUUGGCUAGACUGCCAGAUCACAAUGCAUUUUAUUCUGGUAAACUUCAACUAUUUUGUGAAGUUCAAUCAGAGGUCGCUGUGUGUACUUUGCCUUUUUUUUUUUUGUGCGCCCCAAGUUUCAGCACCCCAGCCAUACCAAUGCAGUUUUUUUUUCUUUGUUGUGCUAUUGUCAGUCUGAAAGCAGCUAGUUUUUAAAUUUGAAUCACUGCUGCUACUUUAAACACUGCCUUCAUGAGGCAUGGAUUGACUUUCAAAAGUUGAAAUUUCAAACUUGGCUGUUUUUAAAGGUUCCCUGUGGAGUUUUCUUUUUACAUUCAGUGUUUCUCGCUAAAACGCAUUGUCUGUAUCCUUGUUAAUGCAUUUGCUUCCUCCAUAAAACAUUUGAAAAGGCCAGUA